UCCACCGUCUCCCACAAACCCCAGAAUUUCAAAAUCCCGCAGCCCAGCCGAGAGGGGCGUCUCCGUUCCCCAUUCCCCCACGAUUCGUUCCCACCCCGACGCCGCCGCCGACACGACAGCGGAGUCGCGCGCCGAACCCUAGACUCCGGCCCAUGAGACGGGACGACGCUGGCGGCGGCGGCGGUGGCCCCGGGUUCCACGAUCUAUUCGACUCCGUGCGCCGGUCCAUGGCCUUCCGCACAAGCGGGGCCGCCGCCCCGGAGCCCCCCGCCGGACCCCUCGGCGGGGUUGCCGCUGGAGGGAUCGGCGUCCGGAUCAGCUCCUGCCUCCGCAAGUCGAGGGGGAUGGGACUGCUCGGUCUCAUCUCCAAGAGCCCCUCGCCGCCGCGCCGCCUGCUGCCGCCGACGCCCGUGUCGGCCGACGGCGGAGGAGGCCGACCAGAGGAGAACCCGCCGAUCCGGUGGCGGAAGGGCGAGAUGAUCGGGUCGGGCGCAUUCGGGCAAGUCUACCUCGGGAUGAACCUGGACACUGGCGAGCUCCUCGCAGUAAAGCAGGUUUUGAUCGGGAGUAGCAACGCGACGCGGGAGAAAGCCCAAGCGCAUAUAAGAGAGCUGGAGGAAGAAGUGAAGCUCCUCAAGAACCUAUCUCACCCCAAUAUUGUGAGGUACCUUGGUACGGUUCGCGAGGAAGACACACUGAAUAUUUUGCUGGAGUUUGUUCCUGGAGGGUCAAUUCAAUCACUUCUGGGGAAACUCGGUUCAUUCCCUGAGGCAGUCAUUAGGAAGUAUACUAAACAGAUUUUGCAAGGGUUGGAAUAUCUACAUAACAAUGCAAUAAUACAUAGAGACAUAAAGGGCGCAAACAUUCUUGUCGAUAACAAAGGGUGCAUUAAACUUGCUGAUUUUGGGGCAUCUAAGCAAGUCGCCAAGUUGGCUACUAUGACAGCAGCUAAAACAAUGAAGGGCACACCACAUUGGAUGGCACCUGAAGUCAUUGUCGGGAGUGGGCAUACUUUUUCUGCAGAUAUCUGGAGUGUGGGAUGCACAGUCAUUGAAAUGGCUACUGGUAAACCACCAUGGAGCCAGCAGUAUCAGGAGGUUGCCCUUCUAUUUCAUGUUGGAACCACAAAGUCACACCCACCAAUACCUGAACAUAUUUCACCGGAGGCUAAAGAUUUUCUGCUGAAAUGCCUGCAGAAGGAACCAGAGCUGAGGUCUACGGCAUCAGAUCUACUGAAGCAUCCAUUUGUUACAGGAGAUUUUGACGACCGGCCGCUACUCAAUCGUACUGCACACAAGGAAGCUUCUGUUAUUGAGCUUCCUGCACAUGAUGCAGAUGUGCCAAGAGACUUGGGUUUGAAUCAUUCUGGCAACUGGUCCACUCUUAAUUCCAACAGAUCAUCGACUAUCAAACCCUUGUGGGAGGGUAGCUGCGAUGAUGAUGACAUGUGUGAGUUUGCCGACAAAGAUGACCACCCAGCAGUUGGAUCUAGCUAUAAUCCUAUGUCUGAACCAUUUGAUGACUGGAGAAGCAAGUAUGACAUAAGCCCAGAGCAAAGUUCACAUCAAUCAAGGGAUUUUGGUGGAUUGGCCAAGCAUACUGAAAGCAGCAUGACUGAAAAUGAUUUUACUUUCCCUCGUGAGGGAAGUUGUGAAGAUGAUGAUGUACUUACAGAGUCAAAAAUAGAAGCAUUUCUUGACGAGAAGGCCCUUGAUCUGAAGAAGCUUCAGACACCUUUAUACGAGGAAUUCUACAAUACAGUGAAUGCUGGGAAUUCUCAGGGUGUUGAUCAAACUUCUAAUGGAAAAAUUGCAAAUAGUCCGAAACUACCCCCUCGUGGAAAGUCGCCUCCAAGUAAGCUGCGAGGAGGUCCAGCAGCAGCAACACCAACAUGUGAUAAUUCGAAUAAUACAAUGCCUGAAAGCUGCAGCAAGCAAUUCUCAAGGGAUAGUGUAGAGAGCAGCCGGAUCUUGAGAGAAAUAGCUUCCCCUCAACUUAAUGAGCUUGGGGAUAAAAUUCAUAUUGAUGUCCAAGAUAGCCCAAGCACAAGCUUUGCGGAGAGGCAAAGAAAGUGGAAAGAGGAACUGGACCAGGAGCUCGAGAGGGAAAGAGUGAUGAGGUUAGCCAGCUGUGGUAAAACACCGUCUCCAAAUAGAGGGCCCAGCGGGAAACGAGAGCAUCAUGCCGUCAUCCCGCACAUUGAAUAGAUAGCAUCACUCAUUCCUUAUUUCAUCCCACAGUGACUUAUGAAAGCUAUACAAUGGUAGUGAUUGGCAGCAACAGCAGUAUAGUCUUCAAGGCUUGAUUGUUCGCCACACAUUGCAAAGCUAGCUGGCCGCCCAAUCAGUUUGGCGCGAGUGCAACUACUUUGAACUUCCAAGUGGACUGGUAGGGCAGCCAUCUACUCAUGAUGGAUCAUAUUCGGCUGCCCGCAGAAAGUCAUGCUAACCUGGAAAAUGCUGACAGUUUCUUGACGAGGCGGCUCUUUCAUUCAUGUGUGCUGUUUUGGUUGCAUGGUUUAUACCAAAGUGUAUUGUAUAGAUUUUGGGUUGGCAAGUCAUAGGGGCAUUGGGCUUGUUUCUGUAUGGAGCUUGUUUUGAAAGCGCGUAAUAAGCCAAGUAAUACAAAAUUAUUGAGGAUUUCGUUCGUUGAUAAAGGCUCUACAAGUGGCACGGUCUGCCGCAUGGUACACUUUCUGUGCAGUUUGUAAUACUGAAAACGUGCUGUAUGUUAGAUUCUGAUCUGAUCUUUCUCGCU